AUGACUCGUCAAUCUUCAUCAUCUUCAUCUCCUGACGAGCAUCGUCGUCUUCGCUCUACUCUCAAGGAGAAGAGGAGAAAUAUUGAGAUCAAUGAUGCUUUUGAGAAUUUGCAGAGACAGCUGCCUCAUGUGCCAGCCUCAACUCGUCUUCCUAAGAUUAAGACACUACGAUUGGCUCUAAAGUACAUCGAACAUCUGAGCACUAUUCUUAAUGGAGAUAAACAGGUUAUGUCCGACUAUCUGGCGGGUCCACGACCUUUGUGUAUCGAGGACUUCGCUGCUGUUGCCAUGCAAGAGAUGCAGAUCCGUAACAGCUACACUGAACGAGCUCGAGAAGAAGAAAAUCUCAAUAACAGUAGCGGAAAUAGCCGUGUAACAUCAACGUCACCUCGACCAGAGCUACCUACAACACCCGAUUCGCCCCCUUACCGUACCUCUCACCACAUGGCCCCCCUCCCUUCUGUGUAUCUCCAGCCUCCUGGCUAUCCUUUCUAUCAGCAUCAGGGCUUCUACUAA